CACUGCCAAGGCGGGGGUUGUGCUGGUAUAUAAGGGGGGCUGUGAGCACCGCUGCCUGAGCUAACAGCACGGUAGGGCGCCCGGCGGGAGGCUGAUGGUGAGUGUUGGACGGUGGGCUCCCAGGUUCAGGGCUGUAUGACGAUAUCGAGAUCCUGUCCCCUGUGUCCACAGGUGAUGGAGACCUGCCAGGUGUCCAGGAGCCCCCGAGAGCGGCGGCUGCUGCUUCUGCUGCUACUGCUGCUUGUGCCCUGGGGCACCGGCCCUGCCUCUGGUGUUGCCCUGCCCCUCACUGGUGUGUUCAGCCUCCGCGCCCCAGGCCGGGCCUGGGCGGACUUGGGUACUCUCCUGUCUCGGCGCAGCCUGGCGCUAGCGGACGACGCAGCCUUUCGGGAACGCGCGCGCCUGCUAGCAGCCCUGGAGCGCCGCCGCUGGCUAGACUCGUACAUGCAGAAGCUGUUGCUACUGGACGCGCCCUGAGCCCAAUAAAGAGCCUGCCCCGCAGCGACUGCGCCUUCUUGCUGAGCCGCCCUGGCAGGGGUGUAUGGGGAGGGGCCCCUUCUCGUCCUCGCUGGUUUUCGCAGCCUCCGGGGUCCCUUUCCGAGUCUUUGCUCUCUCCAGAUUCCGUCGCCACUCUGCUCUCCUUUUAUCACAGUCGUGGGGCCCUGAUCCAGCUCUGUGACGGGUCGAGGUUUUCCUUUUUUCUUUUCUU